GCGCGCAUUAAGAGAAGGUACUUGCUGUUGACCUAAUUGUUACAACUUUUUCUUUGAAAAGAAAAAAAAAGGACCACAACUACUGGAUUUACUAUAGCAUAGGAACUGACUAACCAAGUCCUUUAUUCUAUUUUAUUAUUAUUUUUUUUUUACAAAAGCUUACAGCUCAAAGGUUUCAGGUCACCGUAGCUGUCGGAGAAAAAAAGCUGUAAAGUAAACGUCUUGUUGUGAGACAUUUCCUUCCGUCGAAGCUUUACGUAUUUGGAUUUAACCCGCUGUUCUACUAUGGUCAUAAUGGAGGUUCUAACCGUCGACUCCGCGUCCCUCCGCGCUCUGUUGGACAGAGACGUCCCGGACUGCCUGGUGCUGGACUGCCGCUCAUUUCUUUCCUUUAACUCGUCGCACAUCUCGGGCUCCAGCAACGUUCGCUUCAGCACGAUAGUGAGACGGAGGGCCAGGGGCGGCCUGGGCCUCGAGCACAUCGUCCCAAACGAGGACACACGGAACCGGCUGCUGUCCGGGGACUACAAGUCCGUGGUUCUGCUGGACGACCGGAGUUUGGACUUGGGCCAGGUGAAAAAAGACGGGACUCUGAUGCUUGCUGUUACAGCUCUGUGCCGUGACCCCUGCGGAGCCAAUGUUUAUAUCCUCAAAGGUGGAUUUGAUGCCUUUUCUACGGAGUACCCAGACAUGUGUACCAAGUCUUCUCCUCCACAAGGACUUAGCUUACCUUUGAGCUCCAGAAACCCAGACAGUGCAAGCUACAGUCCAUGCAAUACACCUCUAUAUGACCAGGGGGGUCCCGUGGAGAUCCUCCCAUUCCUGUACCUUGGCAGCGCUUACCAUGCCUCCAGAAAAGACAUGCUGGAGAUGCUGGGGAUCACCGCCCUUAUCAAUGUGUCUGCCAACUGUCCCAACCACUUUGAGGACUCCUUCCUCUACAAGAGCAUCCCCGUCGAGGAUAACUACAAAGCCGAUAUCAGCUCGUGGUUCAACGAGGCGAUCGAGUUCAUCGAUUCAGUGAGAAACAAAGGAGGACGGGUGUUUGUCCAUUGUCAAGCAGGCAUCUCCCGCUCUGCAACCAUUUGUCUAGCCUAUCUGAUGCGCACCAACCGCGUGAAGCUGGACGAGGCCUUUGAGUUUGUCAAGAAGCGCCGCAGCAUCAUCUCUCCCAACUUCAGCUUCAUGGGCCAGCUCCUCCAGUUCGAGUCCCAGGUUCUGGCCUCGUCCACUUGCUCCUCAGAGGCGGGCAGUCCGGCAAUGGGCAACAACGGAACUGUGUUCAACUUUCCCGUCUCCAUCCCCGUGCACUCCUCAGCCAGCCAGCUUUCGUUCCUCCACAGUCCCAUCACCACCUCGCCGAGCUGCUGAGGAUAUUAAGAGACUUAACCUCACAGGAGACUUUGUAGAGAGGACUCAACAGAACACGCCUGGUUGUGAUACCUUAGGAUGUCUGGUAUCACCAGGCAUAAAGAUCACUAUAUGUCAGACCAGUUCUUUGUAAGCUGGUCUCGUUAUUUCAAAGGGAGAUUUGAUAUCUACCGCCAGACAGUAUUUGUUAACUUUUUAUGUAAAAGUUUUUGAGCUUUUAAAUCUGAAGGGCUUGGGAGAUGGCUGUAAAGGAAUAGAUCUGUAGAAGACGAUGUCUAAACAUUUAUUUGAAUGAAGAAACAGCUUUUGAUAAUCGUAAUCCCUUGAAACGAAAAAGAGAGGGUUCAUCCUGACGUCUCUCUAAUGUCCAUCUUGCAUUUCUGGGCUUGUCCCGAAGCAAGUUAACGCCUUACGUUGAACCGAAGUCAAAUCAUGUGAUGAUCAAUGAAUGUAUCCUCUGUCUUCAGAGUACUGAAUAACCCUUCCCGAUCAGUCGCAGAUCUAAAACCAAAUGUUUUGCCUUUUCCAAGCCAUCGCUGACAAUCCUAAGAUCUUGGGAGAGCUGACCACAAAAUACCUCAUGUUUGUGUUGUGUGUGUGUGUACGGCAGUGCUGAGAUGUACAGAAGCCCAGAAACUACUAAAACAGGGCUUACCCGUCUUAUUCGCCUGCAUUCUAUUUAUUAAGCAAAGUAAUAUAUUUGUAUCUAUUUUUACAUGUCUGUUCAAAUGUUUUUUAUACAUCUGAAUAAAUGCCACUUGACUUUUGUAAUCAGCUGAAGAUGUUCUGCUUAUUGAUGCUUGAGACAUAGAACGCACUGUUCUAAAAUUAAAGCUUUCGAGAAAUAUACUUAGAUGUGUUCUGAAAUAAACUAGUCUUAAAACU